GUCGCGGGAAGUGCAUAGUGAACAAGUUGAUCCGAAAAACAAAGCGCGUGUUUGUAAACUGUUUCAACCUAGUAUAGUCACUCACAACCAGAUCCAGCAUGGCCUCUGUUGAUAAAUUGAGUAUUCAAGGUAUACGUAGUUUUGGUCCCAAAGAAGAAGAUAAACAAGUUAUCAAAUUCUUCACACCACUGACAUUAAUAGUAGGACAAAAUGGAGCAGGAAAAACAACUGUCAUAGAAUGUUUGAAGUAUGCAACUACAGGUGACAUGCCACCAGGAAGUAGAGGUCAAAGUCAUGCAUUUGUACAUGACCCAAAGAUUGCAAAUGAACUUGAAGUACGGGGUCAGGUGAAGUUGAGCUUCAAAGACGUCAAUGCCAAAGGGGUCGUUGUUUGUAGAAAUAUUGUAGCAACACAAAAGGUGAAAAAAGUUGAAUUCAAGACUUUAGAAAGCACUCUGACGAGGGCAAAGGACUUUGGUGAGAAAGUCCAAAUAAGUUCAAAAUGUGCUGAUCUCAACUUUGAGAUGAUUGGUUGUCUUGGUGUAUCUAAAGCAGUUCUUAAUAACGUCAUUUUCUGUCAUCAAGAGGAAGCCAAUUGGCCACUGAGUGAAAGUAAAGCAUUGAAAACUAAAUUUGAUGAAAUAUUUGCUGCCACCAGGUAUAUUAAAACUUUGGAUCAUAUUAGAAAGUUUAAACAAGAGCAGCUUGGUUCUAUACGUGAAUAUCAAGCAGAAAUCAAAUAUUUGAAGCAAAAUAAAGAGAAAGCUACUGAGAUAAAAGACAACAUUUCUAAAGCUGAAGCCAGAUUAGCUGCUACAACAGAAACUGUCAAUAAAAUAAAAGAACAACUAGAACCAGUAAAGAAUAAAUUGGAAGACAUUGCUCAGAAGGAAGGUAGUAUUUAUGAACUUGAGAAAAAAGUUGAGAACCUUGAGAGUGGAAAGGAACAAAUGGAUAGAAAUCAGAGGGAGCUGGAAGCUAAAAUAGAACACUUUUUUGAAGGACCUACUGAAGAGCUUCGUAGACUACAUCAUGAACAUCAUACUCGGAUGCAAACAAAGGAAGACAACCUUCACCGGGCUCAGAAAGAAUUAGAUUUUCUGUACAGAGAAAUACAAGAAUGCAAUGAUGAACAAACAAAGUUAUUAAUGGAACAGGGUAAACUGGAACAAGAAGCUAAGCAUCAUCAACAAAGUGUAAACAAACGUGACUCAUUGAUGCAAUUAGUUGCAGAAGAGUUUGGUUUUGAAGGAAUUGGUAAUUUACCCUACAGUACUCGGCAGGUCAAAGAGUUUAUGAGUAAUCUGAAACAACAACUGGAGCAAUACGUUGCAGAAACUAAAAGCACUAAAAAACAUUAUGACGAGAAAGAAAGUGAAUUUCAAAAACAGAUUGAUGAUUUACGUGAUGUCAAGACAAAAUUAGAACACAAUGAAAAGAUUAAACAGGACACUAUUAUUGAAAACAAGAAAGUUUUGAAGAAUGUUACAAGUGAGUUGGAUAGACUGGAUGCUUCUGCACAUAAACUGGAUGAAUUGGAGGAAGAGCUCCAGAAAGCACAAAGAGAUCUUAAAGAAGAAGAAAAGAAUAGCAAUAUUGAUGAGUUGAAGACAGAAAUAAGAGAUCUGCAACUGGAAAAAAAGGAUCAAGAGAAUAAAUUAAACAAGGUCAACAAAGAACUAACUAUUAUGACAGUACAGACAAGUACUAGGGCAGAGUUGGAAAUGUUACAACGUGAUAAACGAACCAAAGAAGAAGACAUAAAAAGACUCAAAAGUAAACAUGAUGAUGAGGUGAAACAUUUACUGGGACAUUUUCCAACACAGAAUGUACGAAUGAUGUUAUCAGACUAUUUGCUUAAACAAAGUAGAGCAGUGAAAUUAGAAGAGAAUCAACUACAGAGGAAGAGAAGUCAACUCAGUGCUAAGGAACAGCAAUGGAAAAUGACAAAAGAACUGCUGAAGAAGAAAGAAGAUGAACUGAGAGGCUACGAGGAGAAGAUCUUUGAAGUUUCUGGUCGUCAUGAUUUUGAUCAGGAGUUGGAUGAUUUAGAAGUCUCUAUUUAUCAUCUUCAGGAUGAAAAAGGUGCCUUGAAAGCCAGUGAGCAUUUAUAUGGACGGUACACAAAGCAGUUACAGAAAGCUGAUGCUCGGUGUCCUUUAUGUCAUCGUGGUUUUGGUGGUGACCAAGAAGUACAGGAUCUUAUUCAGGAGCUUCAUUCCAAACUACGUAGAGUUCCUGAGAAUCUAACCAAAAAGACAAAGGAAAUUGAUAAACAAGAAAAGAAAAGACGAUCUAUGCUUCAACUAAAACCAGUCAAGGAAUCGAUGGUCAAGAUAUCAGAGACUGAUAUUCCAGAUAUGAAAUCAAAACUCACAUCAUUGAAUUCCGAGAUUGAAAAACUAAGACAAGAAAUUAGUGAGGCUGAAGAUGGCUUAUCACUACUACAGAUAGAUGAGAGUACGGCUAAAGAUAUUGAGCCUGAUGCACUAAUGAUAGAUAAAAUGCAAAAUGAAAUCAGUAAUCUAGAAAGAAAGAUACAAGAAAAGCAAUCCAAGUUGACUGGUGGAGAUAGUGGACGCACUAUGCAGCAAGUAAGCUUAGCAAAGAAACAAUUGGAAAUGGAAUUGGAGACUCUUAACAGGAAUCUAGAGCAUAGACGACAGACAAUCCAAGAUACCUCAGAAACUUUACAGGAUCUGAGAGGUGUAGUCAAUCAAAUUACUCAUGAAAAAUUGAAUCUAAGUAGUCAACUCCAAAAGAGUAAACAGUUAGAAGAAAAAAGAGCUGCUUUAAUCACAGAAACUAAAGAAUGUCAACAUGAAAUUGAAUCUAAUCGGGAGCAGCUAGCACCUGUUGAGAGGAUGCUUGGCAGUCUACGUGAUCAGAAACGUAAUAUAACUGAAAAGAAAGAAACAGAACUUGAAAAGGGAAAAGCUCUGAUUGAAAAAGUCAAUAGUAAAAGGAAUGAAGUCAGUAAUUUGACCAAAGAUAUUGAUAACUCAGACAUUGACGAACUAGAAGAAAUGCCAAAAAGUGCAUCAGAAAGGGAAUUAUCAUCGCAUGGUGACGAUGAUAAAAUGGCUGACACAGAUGGAUCGCUGAGACUGAUCGAUGUUAGAGAGCGGGAGUUGCAGGAUAACUUACAACUACGAAAAAGACAAGAAGAGAUUAAAGUGUAUGAAACACAGAUUAAUGAAUUGAAAGAAAAUUUGGAAGGAUAUGACUAUCGAUCACUGAGAAAAGAAAAGACUAAACUACACAAUGAACAAGAAGAACUACAGCGACAGAAAAAUGUUGCAGUGACUCGUCAAAUCCGUGAAGACAAUGAAAUGAAGAUGUAUCAAAAGGAGUUACAAGAUGACAUGUAUCGAGAUGCUGAUGAAAAGUUUAGGAAUAAAAUGAUGCAAUUAGAGACAAAAGCACUUGCUAACUCUGAUUUGGAGAAAUACUACAAGGCUCUUGACAGAGCCGUUAUUAAGUACCAUCACACCAAGAUGGAUGAGAUUAAUCAGAUAAUGAAAGAGCUAUGGAAGAGUACAUACAAAGGGAAUGAUAUUGACGCAAUUGAGAUUAGAUCUGAUGAAGAAGAUGGUGGUGGUGCUUAUAAAAGAAGAAACUAUAAUUACAGAGUAGUGAUGUUGAAAGGAGACACAAGUUUGGACAUGCGAGGGCGCUGCAGUGCUGGGCAGAAGGUUUUAGCAUCAAUUCUUAUUCGUCUUGCAUUAGCUGAGACUUUCUUGAGUAUACUUCAAUAUAGAGAGCUUGGCAUAUGGACUGGUAGAGUGAGUAUACUUCAAUAUAGAGAGCUUGGCAUAUGGACUGGUAGAGUGAGUAUACUUCAAUAUAGAGAGCUUGGCAUAUGGACUGGUAGAGUGAGUAUACUUCAAUAUAGAGAGCUUGGCAUAUGGACUGGUAGAGUGAGUAUACUUCAAUAUAGAGAGCUUGGCAUAUGGACUGGUAGAGUGAGUAUACUUCAAUAUAGAGAGCUUGGCAUAUGGACUGGUAGAGUGAGUAUACUUCAAUAUAGAGAGCUUGGCAUAUGGACUGGUAGAGUGAGUAUACUUCAAUAUAGAGAGCUUGGCAUAUGGACUGGUAGAGUGAGUAUACUUCAAUAUAGAGAGCUUGGCAUAUGGACUGGUAGAGUGAGUAUACUUCAAUAUAGAGAGCUUGGCAUAUGGACUGGUAGAGUGAGUAUACUUCAAUAUAGAGAGCUUGGCAUAUGGACUGGUAGAGUGAGUAUACUUCAAUAUAGAGAGCUUGGCAUAUGGACUGGUAGAGUGAGUAUACUUCAAUAUAGAGAGCUUGGCAUAUGGACUGGUAGAGUGAGUAUACUUCAAUAUAGAGAGCUUGGCAUAUGGACUGGUAGAGUGAGUAUACUUCAAUAUAGAGAGCUUGGCAUAUGGACUGGUAGAGUGAGUAUACUUCAAUAUAGAGAGCUUGGCAUAUGGACUGAUAGAGUGAGUAUACUUCAAUAUAAGUAA